GUAACGCCUAGUGCACGACGCCGUUUCUAUUUUUAUUAGCUUAGCUUAAGAAAUAUUAUUUCUCUUUCUCUCCUGUGUUAUUUGUUUCCUUCUCUGGAUGCUUACCGGCUCGCAACGUCGUUCCAGUUUUGACCCAUUUUCCUUCGACGGAACCACCAUACCAGCACGGCCGUCAUGUCUUCUCAACCUCAAGAAUCAAUCAGGACUAUGACGGGCUCUGAAAAAUCGGCAGAACGGACGAAACGUGAGGCCGUAGCGGCCUCCGUGCCAGUGGUUGAGUCGGCUCCCAGGGACAGCGGAUUUUUUCACAAUAUUGAUGGGGGAAUUAAAGGCUGGUCUGCUGUUCUGGGAGCUUGGCUGUUCCAGUUUUCUAUGGUUGGAGCAGUCACAGCUUUCGGGAGCUAUCAGACCUUCUAUGAGGCAACAUGGCUGGAUGAAUAUUCAGAGUCGUCUAUUGCAUGGAUUGGGAGCCUGCAACUCUUCUUGGAAUUUUUCCUUGGAGUCUUUGGCGGUCUACUACUUGACGCUGGUCGUUGGCGCCUCACCGUCGGGGGCGGUUCUAUCCUCUUUGUCUUUACGUUUUUCAUGCUCAGUCUUUGCAAGCGGGGCCAAUACGCACCAAUUAUCCUGGCUCAAGGUAUCGGUUUAGGCGCUGGUCUCGGCUUUGCGUAUUUGCCCGUUUCGGGAAUCGUGUCACAGCACUUCACAAAACGCCGGUCACUUGCAAUGGGUAUCAUCACAACUGGAACUUCACUCGGAGGUUUCACUUUCUCCGUGUUGACUAGCAAACUUCUAACCUCCAGUCUCGGAUUUUCUUGGACAGUCCGUGUGAGCGCAUUCAUCGCCCUUGGGAGUAUUGUGCUUGGUAACCUGCUCGUAUCACAACCUGAGAAGACGCUCGCGGAAGAUGAGAAAAAAUCGAUCAAUACUAAAGGAAACCCAGCGGUGGAGACUGGAUCAUCACCGGAGGAGAAGGAUCCAUCCGGCGCCGAAGAAGCUGUGGAAGAGAAGGGAGAGAAGCCGCGCAGCAUCUCGGAGCUUCUCCGGGAUCCAGCAUACCUAGCUAUCAUCUCAAGCGGUUUCAUUGUCUGUCUCGGCCUCUACUUUCCGAUGUUCGCGAUCCAGUCCUUCGCGCUUGAGCACGGGAUUUCUCCUGGUCUUGCGUCUUGGCUCCUUUCCAUAAUCAACCUUUCAGGUGUAUUGGGUAGGACAAUCCCAAACUGGAUGGCAGACCAUUUUGGAACUUUGGAACUCUACGUUCCCUGCACGGCGGCAGGCGGCGCCCUCAUUUUCGCUCUUGGGGGCGCUACAAACCCUGGCAGUAUUAUCGUCGUCUGUAUCUUAUACGGCUUCUUUUCUGGUUCAAUUGUCUCUCUCUACUUCCCCACCGUCUGUGCUCUUGAUCCCGACGUUACCUCGACUGGCGUGCGCCUCGGUAUUGCCUGCCUUCCUGUGGGAAUCGCCUCACUGGUGGGUACGCCUAUCGCUGAGGCUCUCGUCGGCCGGGAAAAUCACUGGUGGCACGGGCUUGCCUUCGCAGGGACAGCGGAAAUGGUUUCUGCUGCUCUGCUGGCGUUUGCUUGGGUGGUGGAGACGAAAAGGAAGAUGCAGAGACGCUCUUGAACUGGUGCUGCUUAUAUCAGCAUCGUCACUAUAAUGAUCAUGAUAAUUCAGUCGAGAGAAGCGAAACCAAGAGCUCCGUCAGUUGGUUUUUGUGUACCAUAUACACACAAUCGUUGACAAGACCAUAUACGGUUAUAUAGCAA